CGGGCGCUGCCGGGGCGCGCGGAUCGCGCUGCAUGCGGGGUCCGCACUCGGCCGGUCCCGCCGCUCCGCACCGACAGCUCCGCUCCGCGCCGGCAGCACCGCACCGCACCGCCUCGCCUCGCCUCGCCUCGCCUCGCCUGCUCGCGGCUCCUGCCCGUGCUGCACCGCCAGCACCGCACCGCCCUGCCAGCACCGGGACAGCGGCUCCCGGCCCUUCUUGGCCCCAAUGGUCUGCCAAGAGAGCGAGUACCUGGAUGAGCGUGGGAAAUGCACCCCCUGCAGAAAGUGCUUGCCUGGGCAAGAGCUUUCCAAGGACUGCGGUGAUGGCAAUGGAGGGGAUGCGCAGUGUGUCCCCUGCCCUCCCAGGAAGUUCAAGGACAGCUUGGGACAUCAUGGCUGCAAGCCCUGCCUUUCCUGCACCCUCAUCAACCGCAUUCAGAAGUCCAACUGCACAGCGACAAACAAUGCAGUCUGUGGAGAGUGCCUGCCAGGGUUCUACCGCAAGGCACGGAUCAGCGGCCAGCUGGACUGGGAGUGCAUCCCCUGCACCAAGCAGACACCCUCCUCCGAGCCUCAGUGUAGGUCGGUCCAGAAUAAACCUGGUGAAGGUGGCUGUCCCCACUGUGCCACCACAGGACACAGCCCUACUUGCGCUCACCAGCAGUGCCCUGGUCAUCAUUGUACUGGUGCUCCUGGCACUCUCCAUCAUCUACUGCAAGAGGUUUUGGAAGAGCCAGUGCCAACGAGUCUUCCUGAGGACUCAGAACUUCUCGGGCCAGCGAGCAAUGUUCCCGACCACAGCGGCACCCAGCAGGUUCCUGUGUGAGGAGCAGAUGUCUGGUCCCUGCUGCCUGGGUGUGAAGAACCUGAGCCCCUGCUACAGGCAGGCAGAAGGCCCCGUGGAAGUGGUGCAGUUCAUCUCGGAUGGAGAAGCCGUGGGGCUGCAGCUCCCCUCUCUCCAGCUGGAGCCAGACUUGCCGCCGGCUGUCGCGGCCAGUGCUGCAUCCAAAGCCCAGCUGAGCAGGAGCCUCCUGGAAAGCCAGCCCCUCAUCCGGGCUUCAGGGCGCGACUGCCUGGCCGGGGUCCUGCCGCCUGCUGACCCCAGGCAGGGCCAGCCGAGUACAGCAGAUGCCCUGGUCCCCCUCUCCUCCUGCGCCUCCGAGAUGCAGCACAAGUGGCCACACGCUCCAGUCGAGUGCACUGAGCUGGACCUUCAGAAGUUCUCUACCCAGACAGAGUUCGUGGGCAGCGAGCGGCCAGAGGAGGCGGCAAGCCGUGUGGCACAGAGGAUCCCAGCAGAGAGUGGUGACGUUGGAUGGGAGGGGGCCCGACACCCACCUUCCACCUUCCCGAAUCCCACUGCUGAAAGCGGGGAGCAGCCAGUGGAUGAUGCCCAGAGCUUCGUGACUCAGAUCAGCAGCAUGGCAAAGGGUCUGCCGAUAGCAGAGCUGCCCCAUUCCUUGGUGCAGUCACUCGCCUUCUUGUUGGACCCUUCCUUGAAUGGAGUGAAGAACUUCAGCCAUUUGGGGCUGGAGCUGGGGGUCGCCCCUCAGUUGCUGGGACGGAUUUCUGGAUUUGAGCAGCUCGUGGCUCACUUCACCUACUCGGGAGAUGUGGUCACUGUCCCAUUGCUGGCCCAAGCUCUGCAGCAGCUCCAGCGGUUCGAUGCCCUGCUCCUGCUUUGCGACCACUUCACGCUCAGCCCGGCUCAGGGCCGCCAGUGCUAAGAGAGGACAGGGAAGGGACAGAGGAAGCUCCAAGCACUGUGUGCUGGUAUGGGAGAGGAUUCAGCAGCCCUGCCGUCACAUAAUCUCUCUGCUGUGCACAUGGGGAGUAUGUGGAGAUGUUUUUUGCAUCGUGGGAUCGAAGGACAUGAGGGGCAGCAUCCCUUCUCAGGGAAUGCCAGAGGCUAUAGCUGAGCCUUCUCGCAGCUUCCAUAUGGGAGGGUUUCCUCGGGCCCCGCUGGAGGCUGUUUUUCUCUGGCUGUGUUGACGCCCUUGUCUGGCAGCAGGAUGCUGUCAGUUGCUGUGCUGCCUGUGCCACGAUGCUCUGGGGUGCAGUGAGCCCCAUGCUGUUGGUGUGGGGUCCGUUGGCCACAGGGGUCGGUCUCCUCAGGCAGCUGCCCUCCUACCCUGUGGGUCCAGCCAUCGCCUCCCUCCCAUUCCAGCUUUCCCGUCCUUUAUCUGGCCUGUGCUCCGCUUUCCCAGGUGCCAGUUGCCACUUCCCAGUUUACUUCUUCCUUGCUCCUUUCUCUCUGUGCCAGAGCUGGUCCUUGGCGGAGGAUUUGGGUAUGGCUGCUGCCCCAGUCUCUGCCCUGCCAACUCCCUGUGCCACCCCAGUGCCUGGCACCUUCCCCGUCAUCUCCUCUGUGUGAAGCAGUGCAGUUUUCCUGCAGGAAUCUUGGACUGGUCCAGACUGGGAUGGGUUGAUGUCUGUCCUUGUUACGGCACUGUGGCUGCCAGCCCAGGGUUGGUGCUGGCUCACACCCCAGGCUCUGGCCCUGCUGCCCCGUGAGCAUCCACUGCCCGCCGGCUGCCUCCAAGCACCCAGGCUUUGCCAAUGCCCCGCGGUGCCAUGGGGCGGCAGUGGCAGGGCUGCUUCACCACCGUACCCUGGGGAGCAGCCGGAGGCUGGAGCUGGUGACCGUGGCUGCGCAGCGGUUCCGUCCCUGUGCCGGUCACAGCAGAACAGGCUUGUUUUAAAAUUAUCUUUUUCUUUUUUUCUGCCUAAGAAUGGUUUGGUUUUUUCAUUUCUGAGAGCAGCUGCAGGGGAGUGGGGCUCCCUUCUGCUUUGAUUUCUUCCGGGAGGAUUAGUCAGAGCUUGCAAGCAUCCCUGUGUGAGUCCCCUUGAUUAGCGUGUCGUGACUGGGGCUGGCGGCUGCCAGUGUCUGGGCUGCCCCUCGGAAUCUCACAGGGUUUGCUUGGCAGCCCGACAGACAGGGCUGGGGGAUGCAGUGGGAUCUGCAGCCCAGCGUGGGUGUGGGGGCGAGUGCCUGCACACAGGGCGAGGCGCGCGGGGGCUGCCAGGCAUGCGGGAACUGCAGGGCGCCCGGCCGUGAAUGCCAUUCCUGCUGAGGUCAUGGGCAGAGCAGACAGCAGUGGGGCUGCACUAGUUUCCCGCUGCUCCAGCGCCAGGCGCCCUUGGGGGCCAACCAGCGUCACCCCAGCUUGUCCCAGGAUCCCAGGCAGUAGCGUCAGGGCUGAGCCAGCGACACUUGCUCUGACACUUUGUUCCUUUGAUCCCAAUGUCACAGCUGGGUCCAGUGCGCACUUUCUGCUCUGUCCCCCAUGCCGGGGUCCCCAGACAUGCUGGCCGCCAGCAAGCGGCACUGUUACCCUGCCUCCCACCCUGGCACCCCACAUGCACUCAUUCUGCCUUUUAUCUGACCACAGUGCUGGGAACAGCGGGCGCCCUUCUGGGAAGGCAGCCCUUUGCUCAGAUCUGCCGAACACGGGUAUUAAUAGCUGCUGUUCUUUUUCCCUUUCCCCAUUAAACGCUGUUAAGACUUGACCGCACUCAGGAUGUGGUGAGAUAAGGGAGGCACGGGCAGUUUCAGCUGGAUGUGACACUUUCUCUCCCCUGCUGUUUGUUUCUUCUGAAGUCAAGGUCGUUCUAUUGCUCUUUGCUCUGCAGGGACCGGCGCUAUUGGACCAUGUGCCCGUUUUUAGGCUCUUAGUCAGGCUCUCGUUGCAUGCUUGGGCUGUUACGGAGCAGGCAAGGAAAGCAUUGCUAAAGCAAACGCAGCGUGGGGCCGGGGUUCUUCAUUUGAGGUUUGUCUGUGGGAGGGAGGGAGCGUUUGAAUUAAUCGCCUAACAAAAUUGAAUAAAUAUUUAAUCUCUCCGUGGACACACUUAGUCACUUCCAGCAGAAAUUGAGAUAAAUUCACCUGCAGCUGAGUAAGAAGACUCGUGCGGCUCAGCUCACGGCUCCGGCUUUGGACUGGAACUGGUCUGGGUGGCUGAUCUUGCGUGUCCCUGUGGGAUGCCAGUGUCCCAGUGAGUGGUCCCUCAGCAUAUUUAGAGCUGUGGCCACCAGGCAGGAUGUCAGAGCUGGCCGCCUCCUGUCCCACCACAGCAUCAGCAGCAGGGAAGAGGCGGGAACAGCUGCAAAGACAAGACCAGUGAAUAUGACAUUGUCACCCAUGGGUGGGCUCCACACCCUCUGCCUGGGGUACAUUUUAAUGUUUUUCUUUCUCCCUUUAAAGAAAUCAACCCCAUUCUCUUCCUAGUUUUUAAGGUAAACUCUUCUUUUUGAGCUUUUUGAGCAAUAUUAUUCACAGCCCAACCUUAACCUCUGCCCCACGGCUGAGGGAGAGGCACAUAGGGUGGGAUUGUGCAGUACCAUGCCCGAUGUGUGGGAUGGGUUUGUGCAGCUCCUCCAUCCAGGUGCUGUCCCUCACCCAGCGGCACGGCAGGGGCUUGUGCUCUGAGGAGUUGGGCUGGCAGGAGCGAGUAGCACCAUGCAGGCAGGGGUGAGUUCAGCCAUAUUUUAGGUGUUCUAACUGUCGUGGGCGACGUGUCUGCGUGGGCGCAGAGCCUCUCAGACUCUCUGUGUGAGUCACAGUGGUUGGGGCUCCAGGGAGGCUUGGCUCCACACAAGAGCGUUGCAGGACAGGGCUUUUCGGCAGUGGAGCCCCCCAGCUCCCACCUGAGGGCUGCUCCUCACCCUUGUGGGUGCCGCACCAGGCAGCUUCCUUCCAGCUUUGAUGACAAAGUCAGGUGUGUUUACAUGGGCCAGAAUUUUUGCAAAUGGCCUUUAAUCCCUCCCUGGGAUCCCUUUGGCCGGGUUUCCAUGAGCCCAGCUGAAGCCCUCAGGAGUCAGGGAACCACAAGAGCCUGAAAAAUGGGACACAACGCUGCAGUUUGGACAACGGUAGCGGUCUCUGCGUGGGGAAUUUCUUUAGCUGGGAACCAAUGGAUUUGAUACUUGACUUUUGCUUUUUCAUAGUAUUUUCAGCACUCUACAUGGAAUGUAAGGGAAGGGAGUUCCCACAGCUCUGGAUCUCUUGUUGCAGCAUCAGUAAGUUCAUGCCAAGCUGGCACAGCUCAGAAAGAGUAGAAAGAAAUCAAAUAAUUCAACAUCUGUGCAAACUUUAGCUGGGGCUGAACAAUAGGAAUAGUCUAAUGCAGCGGAGUUUUUGUUUUACAAGCAGUUGUUUCUGACACCACUAUUGUCUGCAAGUCUGAUUUGCAGAGGAAUUUAUACAAUAAGUUUAAGUUCAGCCCUGUUCUGGAAAGCUCUUAAGCAUAGGCUUAAAAAUAGGCACGCACUUGGAUCCUGUUGGAGUGUUCAUUCAUUAAAAUCAACAAUUAAGAUAUCUUGGGUGCUUUUCUUGAACAAGGUGCUUAUGCAAAUUGUGCCUUCGCUGUGCUCUUAUGGGCAGAACUGAAGGGAACUUGGUUUAAAUGAUCUGGGCGCACUUCUCAGAACGUCUGCAAGCGUUUGAGAGAAAAGCCCCUGCAUCUGGGGUUACUAAACAGUGAAGACUGGUGCUUUUUUAAAAAACAUAAGAAAUGCAUUUCUGUAGCUGUGGUUUCCCUGGGGGAGUACAUGGUAUUUUUUAUGAUGGAUGUUAUUUUUCUCUAAGGUUACGAAUAGGUUAUUUAUAUUUUUGUAAAUUCUGUGUCCUUGCCGUUGUAGCUCUGAAUUAGAGUUCUGUUGUUUUCUGGGUGACGUCUGUGUUGAACCCAAGCAGCAGCAGAAGCUCCUGCCUUCUUUGUUAACCAAGGGGAGUGUGAGUGUCCCACAUUCCUCCAGACCUGGUGCUCCCGAAUGCUGUGUAUUUGUAGAUAAAUAAAUUUUGGAGCUGGAGGUGUUGAGGCUUGGUGUGUUUUGAUUCCUCUCCCCUCCUGCCUGCAGGUCUGCCUUGGGAGAAGAGCCCACUGGGGCGCACGAUCCCCACCUGCCCGCUGUGCGGACCCCGGGCUGUGGGCUCCAGAGGAGGGAGGGUGCGCCUGGCAGGGGCACAGCGCUUCUUGGAGAGAGAUGCUGUUGCAGCUGAGUCUUGACAGCCUCAUGAUGCUGGUGUGGGAAGGCGGCAGGAGUGGCUCACAACAGGCGCUGCUGGAGAGGAGCGGCCCCGUUCCCCAGCAGCAUCGGCUUCUGUGUGUUGCGUGUGUUUAAUCUUCCUCAGAAGGGUCACAGCUCAGGCGGGGCUCAUCGCGUGGUCUGGGGAUAGGGAAGAGGCAGAGACCCUGUAAACGAUGCCCAAGCAGCUCCCGUUCCUGAAGCUUCGAUGAGAAACAGUUGUUCUUUAAGCUUGGUAAUUAUAGCACUCGUUAAGUCUGUUCAUGCCCUUACACUUGGUCUGUUCUUCAACAGCUAUCAGAAUGAAGGAUGUGAUGAUUUUCUUUUCCAAUUAAAGCUAUUAUACUUGUCCAAACCCUGGCGGUCUUUACAGGCGCUGGUGCUGUCAUGGCUCAUUCCCAGUGACGAACACUGACAUGUGACGCUGUUGCAUGCAGUCCCUCAUCACUGGCUGUGCCUCUGCUGUUAACACAGUAGGUAUGGAUAGAGGAGCCUCUGCCUUCAGAGCCCAGAAGAAUCAGUCACUUGUUGCUGGGCGCAAAACACUGGCAAAGGUAGUCAGCAUGUGUGGUUUCCAAAGCAGCCUUUUCUGUGCAACUCCUUGGGUGCCUGGAGCCUGUAUUUUCACAGCUACUUGAAAUAAUACACCCCAAGUUAACAGUGCAAGGAAAUUGCUGCUGUACUGUGUGGAACCGGCCUUACAGAGGGUUCACAAUGGGUAAGUGAUCCCAAUGUUUCUGCCUGCACUGAGCCCUAUGUAAAGCUGGAUGUGAAGGGCACCUGCAGGCUCGGAAGGAGCCCAGCCCUCGCACAGGUGAGACGGUAAGGCCCAGCCUGUGCCAAGCAGCUUGCCUGAGGCCACCAGCGUACUCCAGGAAGGCUGUGUUUGGAGGAGAGCACUAGGGGUGUAUUUAUUGGGAGAACAACCUCUUGCAUGCUCUUGGGAUGGGAAUUCAAAGGAUGCCCUGCCCUACCUUCCAGUGACUGCUGUUUGUGGGGCUGUAACCACCCAGGACUUGGUAUCCUCAGGGAUCUGAGGACCGGGCACGCUGCAGUCACUAUGGUGUGGGUGGGUUUGGCCCUACCUCAAGGGCCUGCUCUUCUGGAGAAGUCCUUGGGGUGGCCACUCCCAUGCAAAGCAGAUACUCACACCAAACCAGGAACUCUCAGUGAAGAAGAGGUUUACAGCCUGCUCUACCUCUUGCCUCAGAGCACUUGUGUUGUCUGGUCUCGUCCCAGUUUUUGGCUGAUGCACAAGGAGCGACGAUAAGCCACGUUCCCCUCCGAGUACCUGGGUUUCUUGUUCUUAGUACUGUGAUCAGAGGUAGGCAUUCGUGGACCAGAGCUGGCAGGAGGAACACACGUACUCCAUGCAAGUGGAGAAGUGUGGUUUGAAAGCCAGCUCCCAGGUGGUCAGAACAAGGUUGAAGCCGACCUCUCUGGUUCCCAGUGCCUCAUCGGCCUCAUCACAGAAAGGCUGGCAGUAGAUCAAGAUGCUGGGGUACAGACGGUCUUCACCUCAACUUCCCCUGGGAGGAACAUCUCCAGCUGGGAUGCAAAGCUGUGACAAAGGCAUUCAAAGCACACGGGCUGACUGCUUGACAAGCCUCCAGUUCCAGGGGAGGAUGCCAGUGAAUGCCACGAGACAUGUGCAGUGGGUGUUCUCCUGAGCUGGUCUCUGGAGCAGGAAUGCAGGCUUGUGUCCUGCCUUUCAAAGCAACCACAGCUCAUAGUCAGUGAGCUGCCAAGCCAAAUAUUCCUGACCAAUGGGUCUUUCCUUUAAAGAACUUGGCAGAAACAUGUGGGGUGUUGAGAUCCCUCACUUGCAUCCACUGAUGAAGUAACAACAGAGGAAGAGACCAUGAUUCUGCAUCCUUGUGCAGAUCCAUGGACCCUGAGCAGGCUUUGUCUGAGACCUGAGGUGCUGGUGCAAAUCAGGUGUGGUGUCUUUGCAUCCUUCUAGCAGGGCACUCCCAUCCUUCUGCCCAGGAAGCAUCGAGUUGACAAGGGGAGCUGGGGGGGAGAUCCGGCCAGGCUGAUGGAGAAGUUCCCACUAAUGAAAUGCUCCAGAGACAGGCUAAUUAAUGAGCCCUGUGUUAACAGUGACUGCGUGAUCAGUGACCAGUGAAGUUAGAUGAGCUUUCCAGGGUUUUCCUUCUGUGCGGAUGCGAGAGGCACAGAGCAAGCGCUUUUACAGCAAGACUGCAAGGCCUUUCCUGAAAUCCUGUGCUUGUCCAUCUUUGGUCUGAGGUGAUAUGGAUUUAAAACAUGGAGCUGUGAAAUGACAGCCCAAAAAGCUGUACUUGAGUGAGGAGUGGGUGGGAAAAGGGACUGCAUGACUGGAGAAAGGCUACUCGUUUCUGUAGGAAAGGGUCUGGGGAAAGAAGCGCCUGCUUCUACAGGGAGCUGGGCUGAGCCACAGCAUUGGGGUGGAGCGACCAAAGGGCAGAAAUGAUGGGGAGUCUCAACAGCAACUUGGCAAAUGCAGUUUUCCUGCUUUUCCACUUCAUUUUCUCACAUACACCAUAGGAAGCUAUUGGUAUUUAAACAUAGAGCAACAGGGGCUGAAGUGAAGCGGCCACCAAAAAUGAGAAGCAGAAGAUCCACCAUCAGUGAGUGGAGGCAAGCCCUGGGCAGCUCGAGUCAGGGAGUUCAGCCUGGCAGGGCCGCUUUGUUGGCACACACUGAUGCCUGGUUGCAUCCAGUUCAGUGAAGAAUCUGUCACAAAUGCUCAGAGCACAUUUCAGGUGGGUUGAACACCAUCACAUUUUUGUGUCAGCAGAUGGUACCUUAAGCCAAGUCAUUAACAUCCACUUACACGGCAUGAAUACUUUGACAGGAUCUAGACAGGCAGCUGGGCACCAAACUUUAAGACUCCCAGUAAGGAAACUGCCUUCCUCCAAGGUUUUCCUACAGUAAAACAGGCUGUCCUGGGGCCAAGG